CUCGAAGACAAACGGUUACCAUCGAACCCGCGAUUAUAUACACAGAUCCGUCACGUCGGUCUCUCACUAACUCUCUCCUCGCAUCACAGGCGAAACCAAAAUGCCCGAAACAAGCACUGCCUCUCCUACUCGAGCCUCAAUUAACCCCACCGACCACCUCCCACUCUCUCUCUUCAGAUCCGACAUCAUUCCACCCGCCCCGACCCGCUCUGCUUCCACCAUCGACUGGUUACCUGACUUUUCCGGUUACUCAUGGGUUGCGUAUGGAGCCUCCUCUCUAUUAGUGAUCUCUCACUUACCCUCUCCACUCUCUCCCGAAGAAGCCGCUAUCGGUCCCAUUCUUCAGCAAGUCUUCGAGCUCUCCGGCGACGAUUCUUCCCCUGUCAAAUCCGUUUCCUGGUCUCCGGUGACCCCGUCUAUUGGUGAGCUUGCGGCCGCGUCAGAUAACUGUAUCUCCGUGUUCUCGCAUGAUUCAGCGAGCUCCAAAGGUUCUUUUUGUUGGAGUCAGAAUGCAAUGCUUGUACAAUCUACAAAGGUGGGAGCAAUCACAUGGACAGGUUCGGGGGAUGGGAUAGUUUCCGGUGGAACUGAUGUGGUUUUGUGGAGGAGGAGGAACAUGUCUUGGGAAAGAGCUUGGAAGUUUAAAAGAGACCAGCCUCAAAAUCUGGUUUCCGCCACUUGGUCAAUUGAGGGACCUUCAGCUACUGCAGCUUAUCCGAGUAAAGUAGAUGUUAAAGGAUCUGACCAGACUAGCAAUUGUGUGCUAGUAUGUUAUGGUAAUGGAACAUCUGAUUAUGUGAAAACUGAGUUGCAUCACCCUCAGCCUGUCUCAAAGAUUCAGUGGAGGCCAUCAACAGGACGACAAGCACAGCGAGAUAAGAAACAUUUGCGUAGACAUGUGCUACUAACAUGCUGCUUAGAUGGAACACUAAGGCUAUGGACUGAGGUAGACAGUGGAAAGGUAAGAAAGUUAGGCAAGGACAAUCAUGAUCACAAAACAAUGAGAAAGUCUUUUUGCAUUGCUGCUGUAAUUGAGAUAAACCAGGUCUUGAAGGGAACUCUGGGUAUGGAUGUAUUUUUUAGUUGGACAUCUGAAAUUGGGGGUAUAUAUAGAAUUGGAGAAGGUAUUAGCCAGACAUUUUCAGUAGAAGGCAAUGGGCAUGACAGAGUUGGCAGAUGUGAGUGGUUAAUUGGGUUUGGUCCAGGCAGAGGAAUUACUUUUUGGGCCAUCCACUGUCUUGAUGAUAUCUCACCCAUAAGGUUUCCUCGUGUUACACUAUGGAAGACACAGGAACUAGAGGACCUUGAAGCAGGACAUCUUCAUGGUGCUGGUUUUGCAAAUUUCAAUGCCUGGUUACUUCUGGAUAAGGUUGUUGUCUUGAGGAACUGCUUGUCUGGCCCGCCAAAUAUAUGCAGUUUGAUGCAUCUUUCACCUUGUAAUUUCUUGGUCAGGUCUUUGUUGUAUUCCCAAAUACCUAGUGAUAUAGAGGAUGCAUCUUUUAAUAAAUCCAAGAUAGAUAAAUACUCAUCAUGUUCAUCUGGUGGUGUUUUAAAUGGAGGUCAUACAGGAAAAAUACUACAGGUUGCAAUGCACCCUCAUAUUUAUGAAGUGGAACUGGCUGUUUCUUUGGAUUCUGAUGGACUGCUUCUAUUUUGGAUAGUUUCUACCAUUUCAAACUGCAGUUUGGGUCCCGCAAAACUGAUACCUGGAUGGAAACUUUCUGGAAAACUUGCAACUUACGACUCUUGUUCUAAAUAUACAAGCUUGAGGUGGGCACCUUCAACAUUGGGCGAAGACCAUGUUCUUCUAGUGGGACAUGCUGGUGGAAUCGAUUGCUUUAUAGUUAAGAUUUCUCAAAUUUGCAAAGAAGGCAUAAUAUGCCACUACAUAGGCACUAUACCUCUAACUGGUCAUGGUCCAUUUGAGGAUGGUCCCACUAAUAUCUUUGCAGUUCCCUUACCCUCUUCUUGCAACAAGACAUUCAGAUACAAUAGAUUUUUGCUCUUGGCGAUAUGGUUGAAGGGUUUUCAACCAAUUUCAUGGGAAGUUACUUUACAUUCUUUUGACUUAUCAGGAGGUUGUUGUGACUGUAAGUUUGACGAUAAAAAUACUCCUGUACUGAAUUUUGAAAAUACUUUUGCUGAUAGAAGAUAUUGUGUUGGUGUCGAUCCAUGCUCAUCACAUUUACCAGAGCCAUACUGUGACGACCAGAUUACAAGUUUUUCUGUUGUGUGCCCAGGAGAUUUCAUUUCCAUGCCAGAAAGCUUAGGUUCCAAUAAAGAUCUAUGCUCUGGUGUUCCUGCAUAUGUCAUGGCAACAGGCUGCUCUGAUGGUAGUUUGAAACUGUGGAGAAGUAACGCUUCUAAACAGUCAACUCCUCAAAUACUGUGGGAGCUUGUGGGUAAGUUUGUUGCACAUCAAGGCCCAGUAAGUGCUAUAUGCUUGACUGCUUGUGGUCGGAAGAUUGCAACCAUUUCUGCAGGUAGUCAUUUAGAUGAUACCAGCAUUCUUCAUGUAUGGGAAGCUGUACACGUUAUAGGGGCUGGGAGUUUUAUAUUAGAAGAUAGGAUAGCUGUUGGAAGAGAUGUCAUUUCUUUAAAUUGGUUAACAUUAGGCAAUGGUCAGUUAUUUCUUGGGAUUUGCAUGCAUAAUGAGAUGCAGGUAUAUGCACAAAAGCAUCAUGGUGGACAGACUUUGUUGAGCCCUCAAUCUUUGAAUGUCAACAACUGGUCUUGCAUUGCAGUUUCUCAUACUUUCCCUGCUAUCCGUGACUUCCUUUGGGGGCCCAAUGCGACAGCGAUUAUUGUCCAUGAUAGCUACAUUAGUCUACUAAGUCAAUGGUUAUUUCUUGAAGGUGAUAAGCAAUGGGGCAAAUAUCCUCCAAAUGUUAUAAGGGAAGGUUAUAAAGGUGGAAAAGACAAGGAAAUCCUUUCUUGCAUAUUCACAGAUGGUGAAAUUGAUCUCAAAGAAACAUUAAUUGAAGGUAUUAGUGGAGGAUUCAAACCCCCAAUUCAUGACAAACUUGAUGCAAAAAAUGAUUGCUCUUCAAGCAGUUUGUUUGUAGCCAUGGCUCAACUCAAACAUCAUUCAAAUGCUGUGCGAGGGUUUUGGAGUCUGGUAGAACUAGCAGAGAAGUUAACGGGAACUUUAGCUAUUUAUCACCCUGAGGCACUUAUUAUGAACAUAUAUUCAGGAAACUGGAAACGUGCAUAUGUAUCUGUGAGGCAUCUUGUUGAAUAUCUUUCUUCUGGUUGUGCGGCUGAGAAGAUAUACAACUCCGCAGAUCAUAGCAAAAUUGUUCCACAGAUCCUUUUGUCAAAUUAUUUUGAGGGAUUUCUCCUGAAAGAUUCUGGUUCAACUAAUAAGGGAUUUCAGUGGAGUGCUGAUGCAAGAUUGCCAACUUCAUCCUCACAGUUUUUUGCCUAUAAUUUCACCUCUGAUGCUUCUAAUAAUAUGUUUGCUGCAUCUUCAACGAAAUCUGAACUUAGUGCUUUUUCUGAAACUCUAGAGAAGUAUGAUUUUGAGUCUCUAACCAAUUUAGAGAAGUCAGAAAUGCUUGCAAUUAUAGAUCUUGUCAGCGAUGUUCAGCACCCUGCUUGUGCCUAUGCAAAUCUUGAUGAACCUGGGCGAAGGUUCUGGGUGUCGUUAAAGUUUCAGCAGUUACAUUUUUUUCGAAGCUUUGGUAGAUCUCCUUCCGUGGAAGAGUUGGUUGGUGACUCUAGGCUGAUGAGCUGGGCCUUCCAUUCUGACUGUCAAGAAAAUUUAUUGAGUUCUUUUCUUCCUAAUGAACCUUCAUGGAAAGAAAUGCAAACUCUUGGGGUUGGAUUCUGGUUCACCAAUGUUGCACAACUGCGUGCAAGGAUGGAGAAAUUAGCAAGAUCACAAUAUCUGAGAAAGAAAGAUCCCAAAGAUUCCGCCCUUUUGUACAUUGUGUUGAAUAGACUUCCAGUAUUGUCUGGUCUUUUUAAAAUCAGCAAAGAUGAAAAGGAUAAACCCUUGGUUGCAUUUCUCUCUCGCAAUUUUCAGGAGGAAAAAAAUAAAGCAGCCGCUUUGAAAAAUGCGUAUGUCUUAAUGGGAAGACAUCAGCUGGAGUUGGCCAUUGCUUUCUUUCUGCUAGGAGGUGACACUUAUUCCGCUAUCACCAUAUGCGCAAAGAAUUUUGGAGAUGAACAGCUUGCCUUGGUAAUAUGUCGGCUUAUUGAGGGUCGUGGUGGACCAUUGGAACAUCAUUUAAUUACAAAGUUUAUACUUCCAUCUGCAAGUGAGAGAGGCGACUUCUGGCUUGCAAGCCUGCUAGAGUGGGAAUUGGGCAAUUUUUCUCAGUCUUUUCUGACCAUGCUUGGUCUCCAAACAAGUUCCUUGACUGACAAGUCUGCUCUUUCGUCAAAUAAUGCUGCUUUCAUGGAUCCCCAUAUUGGUCUACAUUGUCUUUCACUAGCAUCCAAAAAUAGCAUGAGGAAUGCUGUUGGGGAGCAAAAUGCUGCAGUUCUUCGUAGGUGGGCUACGAUUAUGGCAGCUACUGCCUUCAACAGAUGUGGACUUCCUCUUGAAGCUUUGGAGUGCCUUCAAUCUUCUUUGAACAUUCUUGGGGGUAUUGAUCCAGGAAGCGUAUCAGAUGUUGAUCAGUCUCAAAUUUUACAUGGCAUUUUGAAUCCAUUUGCUAGUGAAUCCUGUAACUGGCUGUCAGGUGAUGUGGCUUUAUGUCUGCAGUCCCAUGGUAAAUUAGAUUUGGCUCUUCAGUAUUUUUCAAAAUUGAUGAGUGAGCAUCCUAGUUGGCUUAACACUAUAGUAGGAUCCAUUCAACCUGGUACAUCCUCCAAGGAUUGUGAAAUUCACCAACAUGAGAAAUUAUUAGAAGAAUUUCGAGAAAAAUUAUAUACAGGACUUUUAAUGUUUGAGCAGAAGUUUUUGGUGGUUCCUUCCUGCGUGAUCAAAAUGAUUUUAGUUUGGUCAUGCAGUAAUGGAUUACCAUUUAUUGGGCAUGAUCUCAUAGUUAACUACGCUUCUCGAAACCAUACACAAGAUAAGAGCGAUGGUGUUGAAAGUUUCAUCUUAUAUCCGCUUCUGCAUAAGCCUUGUUUGAAAUUUAUAGAAGAUGCUUCCCUGUUACUUUCAAGAUUUAUUACUUCGUGCAGCGUAACAUGCUUUCAACCUAAACCGUUUUAUAUUGAAGGAACUAUGUCUGUCAAAGUUAAAUCCAUCUGGUCAGACGUGCAUGGAUUUUAUUUUCAGGGUAUCAUGCAGACAUUGUGGAGUUUAAGAGCUGCUAUGAGGAUUUUUUCCAGCUCAGAAGAUGUCUCAAGAUCCCUUGUUAUUCUUGAUUUAUUUGAGUAUUAUAUAUAUUUUGCAUCUGCAUGGCUUCAGCGAAAAUCAAAAGGUCUAUUGUUGAUGGUACAACCCCUCUUGAUAACUUUGACUAGUGGGCACACUCCUUAUGAAGUUGAUAUUGGGAAUCUCAAGAGCAUUCUCCACUACAUUGCAGAGUUGCCAUUCAGUUUGUCAAUUGAUGAUGCAGGAUCAGGACAUGAGGUUGUUAAAUGUUCAUCACAUGAACAAGAUGGACAAACAAUGCUCUCAUUUUCAGAAGAUGAAAAAUGGCACGUCGUAGGGGCUUGUUUGUGGAUGCACAUGUCUAGAUUCAUGAAACACCAAUUGCAUUUGCUGUCCAUUAAGCUUGAAGAUGGUUGCUUUUCUGGGGUUUCACAUGGCAAUGUUUCUUCCUUGGCAUCUAGUUUGACAAUUUUUAGAUCUGAUAGCAUCAGCAGAAAGGAAGAAAUUGGGUUUUGCUCAUUGAUAUUGGCUAAGUUACUAAGGACUAUGCUUGUACAUGUUUCAUCUUAUCAUGUAAAACUACUUGGGUUAUUCCUGCAGCAGGAAGUAGAGAAUAGAUUACAAAUACCAACUCUAGUAUGGAUGAAAGAAUCCAGUCUUUCUCAAGCCAAAGCUCUCUAUCAGGAUGUCAGUGCAGACAUGAUGAAUAGCAAAGAUGAAUUAUCAUCUUUUGAUGUAUUGUGGGAUGCCUGUGCUGACCCUCGCAUGGUAUCUGAAGGUUUUGUGCAAGAAGAAAUAAAUUUAUCGCUGUUUUUCACUCAUAAAUCAUAUGAAGGAUGGAGUGAUGAAUACAUGAGCAUAACUGGAGAGCUUGAAACUGAGGAUACUUAUGAACAUGAAUUAAAACUUGGCAAUCGCCCUUCUGGCGAUGAAAUUGGAUCGCCUUCUAUUGGUCUGUUCAGGAAUGGCCGUGCUUUUUUAAGUUCCUGGCAGAAGGAUGCAGUUAUGACGAAGGAGGUGUCUCAUUUUCAAAAUGCUAAAGUAGUACAUAAGAGAGAUGGAGAGCUUUUGGAGGCACUGUGUAUCAACUCUGUUGAUGAAAGGCAAGCUGCUCUGGCCAGCAACCGUAAGGGAAUAGUUUUUUUUUCUUGGGAAGAUGGGAUACCUUUUGGAGAUCAAUCAGAGUACAUAUGGUCAGAUGCUGACUGGCCAUCAAAUGGCUGGGCAGGUGCUGAAUCAACCCCAAUUCCUACAUGCGUCUCUCCUGGUGUUGGUCUUGGGAGCAAGAAAGGGGCACACCUUGGGUUGGGUGGGGCAACUAUUGGUGUGGGUGCUUUAGCAAGACAAAGGAGAAAUUUGACAGGCAAUGGAGCAUUUGGCGUUCCAGGUUAUGCUGGUAUUGGUGCCUCAGGCUUGGGUUGGGAGGUUCAAGAGGAUUUUGAGGAGUUUGUUGAUCCACUAGCUACUGUGGAAAAUACAAGUACAAGAGCUUUCUCCAGUCACCCCUCAAGGCCUUUCUUUUUGGCUGGUUCCAGCAAUACACAUAUUUACCUAUGGGAGUUCGGUAAGGAAAAAGCUACUGCGACAUAUGGGGUGCUCCCUGCUGCAAAUGUUCCCCCACCAUAUGCUCUUGCAUCAAUAUCAGCUGUGCAGUUUGAUCACUACGGACAUAGAUUUGCUACUGCUGCAUUAGAUGGAACUGUCUGCACUUGGCAGCUGGAGGUUGGAGGAAGGAGCAACAUCCAUCCGACAGAAUCGUGUCUCUGCUUGAACGGCCAUGCAUCGGAUGUCACAUACAUUACUUCCAGUGGAUCAGUUAUUGCUGCAACUGGAUAUAGCUCUAACGGUGCUAAUGUGGUUAUCUGGGAUACAUUGGCUCCACCCACAACCUCACGAGCUUCCAUUGUUUGUCAUGAAGGUGGUGCCCGCUCCAUUGCUGUUUUUGAUAAUGACAUUGGAAGUGGUUCUAUUUCUCCUCUUAUUGUAACUGGUGGUAAAAAUGGUGAUGUUGGACUUCAUGACUUCCGGUACAUAGCAACUGGAAGGACUAAAAGGCACAACAUGAACAGCAAUCUCCCUUCUAAUAUUGACAUGCAGACAGGAGUCGGUAGCCAAUUGGGAGGGCAGAAUCCAAACGGGAUGCUGUGGUACAUGCCAAAGGCUCAUUUAGGAAGUGUCACCAAGAUAUCCACAAUCCCUCAUACCAGUUUGUUCUUGACUGGAAGCAAGGAUGGAGACAUUAAACUUUGGGACGCCAAAGCAGCCAAGUUGGUUUGCCAUUGGCCAAAAUUGCAUGAAAGACGCACCUUUUUGCAACCAAGCUCGCGGGGUUUUGGUGGAGUUGUCAGGGCUGCAGUGACAGAUAUACAAGUUGUUUCUCAUGGUUUUCUUUCCUGUGGUGGAGAUGGCAUUGUAAAGUUUAUUCAGCUCAAAGAUAAGCAAUGUAGGACAGGAUCAGUUACUGAUUAGGAGCUGUUCUUGGCAAGAUAAGAAAUCCAGAGAACUUUGAAAUUCAUGGAACUGAUUCUUGAUGGCAGUUUGGUGUUGUUUCCCACCAGACUGCUAUAUGUUCAUCCAACGUAAACACACACAAGUUAAUUUGCAUUGGAGAACAACGUUCUUGUCAAUUGAUCCUUGAUGAACAAUUUUUGUCGGUCUCAUUAAAGUCAGUCUGGACUAACAGAAUAGAAAUGAAACCCAGAAAGCUAACUUGAAGCUACUCAACUCAUUACAAAGUCCAGAAAGUCAGAAAGGGAUCAAUUAAACCAAUCAGAUUGGCCACUGGUAUUGAUGUUUGGAUUGGUGUCAAUCAAUUAAACCAAUCAGAUUUUCGCUGGCGUUGACAAAUGCUCUUGUAAGUUUUUUCUGAACCCUGCUGGGACGGCGUUUCUGAAAUAUCCAAAUUAUAAUGAGUGUUUGGGGUAUCGUGGUAAGACAUUUUGAUAUCAACUUUAUGCAUGUGUAAAUGUGUGUAUGUAUGAGAAAGGGAACAAAUUUGUACAUUCAGAGCUUCCUGUUGAACUUGUGGAAGCAUAGUUGCUUCGUAGUUUCUUCUUCAUCUUUUUUUUUUUUUUGUUUCUGAUACAAAUACAAUGUAUACUUGACAUUGCAAGUAAUGAAAGCCCUUCAUGACAAUUAGUCAACCGACAUUUUCAGUCA